UGUUCUCGUCUUCCAGCUUCUGGAUGGUAUGAAUGCAACCUUACUUGCUUCUAGAACCACAAGACUGAAUCCAGAGAAGCAAUGAGUGCAUGUUGUAGUGGUAAUGUUGAUGGCUCUUUUGUGUUGUUUGGUGACACCUUAUGACACACUGGUCUAAAGAGGCCCUAACUUUGGGGUCACAGUUUUCUUGAUGGCCAUGGGGAGCUGCUCUAAGAAGAGUGGAGUUGGUACUGUGUGUGAAUGAUAGCAAAUCAUACUUUCUCUGUCUCAGCCAUGCUCAAGAAGCCUACAGUAUGUUACUCAAAGAUUGUGUAUGUUACAUUUUAUUUACUUUGGCAUCUACUUAACCAAUUAGAACCUGUUUGAACCAGCUGUGACCUUCUUGGUGUUCUGGGUUAACAAGGUCUAUUGUAGAGCAUCUCCCAGAAAAUAGUGAAAUUGGGAGGAAGGAUUGAUGAAUCACAAAGGACCAAAGGAGCUAGUGGUUUCAGAAACAGGACUUUGGAAAAUGUGGAUAAAAGAGUCAAAAGCCUGAGGGAAAAUUAAUGGAAGAGAGAGUUUGAAGCUGAGGAAGGCACUAAGGAAGAAAUUUGCCCAAACUUAGGGAAUGUAGAGAUAUUUUUUCAUAUCAUGUGACAGUUAUAAUUUGCUAUCAUUAGCUGUAUGACAUAAGGAGAACUUUUUCUUUUUUUCCCUAACAUAUAGCACUCUGAGUCCAUAUGUUAUCUUCAACGUGGCAUAUGAGUGUAGUCUGCAAUUUGCUAAUUAUACUUUUACAUGGGUGGGCAAAUGCAGCAAGUCAGUUAAAUUUCCAGGUAAUGCUGUGCUGUAUGAUACUAAAUUUCUUUUAGCAUAUCCAUUUCAGACAAGUUCAUGAAAUCAUAGAAUAGUAGAGUUGGAAGGGGCCAGGAAGGCCAUCAGGACCAGCCCCCUGUUGUUCCACGUUACCAGUUUAUACCAUCCUGCUCAGAACCUUAUGAACAUAAGGUUUAUGCACAUCAUUUUUAAUGAUAAUAUUGGAAUGCAAAUCACAAAUCUCUGAAUGUAUUUAGUGAAAGCAAUAUAAGACCUUUUUGUGGACAUACUUUUAAGUCUUAGGAAAACAAGAUAGGAAAAAGGAUGUAAAUUGAAAAACAAAUAAAUAAACAAAUAAAUUACAAAUUUCUUACUUUACAGUUAAUUUUCCUAGUCCUUAUAAAGUUAGUCAAGUUAAUCAUUACAUGACAAUAGUCUGUUGCUCAGAUGUUUGCAUUAGUAAUGUUCAAGACUAGGCAUGGAGUAAUCCUUUUUUAAUAUUUAAAGAAUUUGUGACUUAGAAGGCUUUAUCCUGCAUUACUGGAAGUUACUGUACUAAUUUAAAUUUUAAAACCACUUUUUAAAAAGAAAGCAUUAACUGAAAAUAGUUUGUGAUAUGCCUUAAAAGUUAAUGGAAAGAAACCACAUCUGUCACUUGUUUGUCAAUUUCUUUAAUAGAAUUCUCUUUAUGUUGGAAACCUCUGAGUGUUCAGGAGAUGAGAGAAGGACAUCAUCAUCAUCAUCAUCAUCUCCAGCCUGUUCCCAAUUAUUAGAACUCAAGACAGCUCACAACCUUAAAGAAAGAGAGAAACUAAUCCAGUAAAAACUCACAGGGCAUUCCCAAAUGCUUGCUGGAAUAAAAAAGGAUUUUGUCUGCUUAUGGAAACCUAAUAGAGAAGGCGCCAACCUCAUCUCCCUUGGAAGGGUAUUCCAGAGCCUCGGAGCAGCCACUGAGAAGGCCCUCUCCCACAUUUCCACCAAGCAUGCCUGUGGGGGUGGGACCAAGAGAAGGACCUACCUAGAAUAUCUUAGAGCCCGCACAGACUUAUAUUGGAGAAUAUGGUCUUUAAGAUAGCCUGGACCAAAGCUAUACAGGGCUUUUUAGGUCAUCACCAACAUUUGGAAUUGUGCUUGGAGAUAGAACGGGAGCUGAGGAGUUGUAUGCUCUCUGUGGCCAACCCCAAUCAGCAGCCUGGCAGCAGUUCAGUGAACCAGAUGAAGUCCUCAAACACUUUUCAGAGGCAUCCCCACAUAGAGUGUUGUACAGUAAUGCAAAUGAGCUAUCACUGAGGCAUAUAUCAUGGUGGCCAAAUCAGACAGUUCAAGAAACAAGCAUGGCUCUUGCACUAGUUUUGACUGUGCAAAUGCACUUCUGACCACUGCUGAGAUCUGGGCAUCCAGACUUGGGCUUGAAUCCAAAAGUAUAUCCAAACUGAGUCUUCAUGGGGAGUGUAACCCCCAUCCAGCAGAGGUUGAAUCCCUAUCCCCUGGUGCACCUUCUGACUGACCAGAAGCACCUCUGUCUUGUUUGGAUUAAGCUUCUAUUGGUUUGCCUUCAUUACUGCCAGCACUAGUGUUAGAAUAGCCUUUCCCAACCUGUUUUAGACUUCAGCUUCCACCAGACUAAGCCAGCAUAGUCAGUGACGGAGUUCAUAAGAGUUGUAGUUUAAAACAUCUGGAAGGCACCAUAUUGGAGAAAGCUUUGCUGAGCUUGUAUUGGCUUGAAAAUUACUGAACAUAGAAAGUAAACCUGUAUUAGAAUUGCUUGUGAGCACCUUUUGAUAUGCAGCUCUUUACUUUUUUGGAGCAAAAGGUAUAGCUCUUGCUCCUUCAUCUUUAUUUUUCCUGCAAGUAUUUGUUUUAUUUAUAGUCUACCUUCCUUUCAAGGAGUUCAAGGCAGCAUGCAUGAUCUUCCAUUUCAUGUUAUCCUCAGAACAAUCGUGUAAGGUAGAUUUUGCUGAGAAAUAGUCACUAGAUAAGGUCACCAUGGAAACUUCAUGGAUGAAUAGGAAUUUAGACCCAGAUUUUACCUCCAACUGUGUAGGUAUUACACUGUAUGGGUCCAGAGUAGGACCUCCCUUCCAGUACUCAACAGAUCUUAAUUACUCCUUCCAGUUGUAAACAGCUGCUGCCCAAUCCUGUGCAUGCUGAUCAAGUAGUAAAUCUCAGUAGGUCUUCUGGACAUAACAUUCCUUGCUUAAUAAAUCACAUAUGUUAAGGCAGGAACAAAUAUUGGGCCCAUACCCUCCUCUUUUGCCCUUUGUAUUUAAACCAGUGUUUGCUGUCAUGUCCAAAAUGGCCUUUCUGGAUUAAUGUUGGAAUGCUAAGGAGGAUUCCAAACCACAGUUUGAUCUUAACCACAAUUUGAUCUUGAACCACAGUUUGGUUUAAGAUCCUAGUAAGUGAAAUGACAUCGAGCUAGAUUCUCCAUUUCCAACAUAAUGGAGACCUUUGAUUAAAAUAGAUCAGGACUGGCCAAUUAAGAGAAGAAUUGAGGUGAGAGGCAAGUAUAGGCCAUGAUGAGUACUGCAAACUUUAACAAUUAUGCAUCUACACUGAGCAACUUUGUUCAGGGCAACUUACGUCUUCCCAAGUUAGUAUGUGUAAGAUUGCAGGUGUAAGAUAUCUGAUGCUUAGUCUUGAAGGCCCUUACUUUAGCAAAGUUUUUGUUGCAAUGAGUAGGAUUAAUUUGCAGGGAAAUCUGAGGGUUAGAUUGUCAUGUGGUUUUUAACUUUAAAUUUUCAUAAUCUGUAAGAUCAGGAUAUCUGAAUCAUGUAGGGUUUUUCUAUACAGCUGAUUUUUCUUUCAUCUGAAUCAUGCUUUGAAAUAGUAUAUUUUAAAGCAUAGAAUUAAAAAAUAUUAGGUUGGUAAGAAUGUACUGACAGCAAAAAUAGCACCUAUCAAAUAAGCUAUUUAUACCUAAGGAAGUUGCUAAGAUACUUGAGAUCUUUUCUCACUGUCAUUUAGGUUUUGUGCCUUGACAUUCUGAUAACUUUGUUUUAACUUAACUUUAAUAAGGCUUGAAUACUUGUUUGAUUUGAAUACUUGUGUGGCUGUACAAUUAAACUGAAAUUGAGAACUUAAAGCAUGAUAAUGAUAUGAAUAGAAACCACUUUUUAUUUAGUAUUUCCAAUGCUUUAUGCACAUGAUUCAUUUUAUAUAAUACACCCACAGAUCACUGCUGCCACUCAGCAGAUUGAAAUGAAAGCUGUACAUUCAUUUUAUGGAGGACUUUCAUCUACAACAGUACAUUUUUGUUAAUAUUUGUCAGAAUCCUAAAUUUUUGUAUGUACUUAUUCCUCAUAGCAACACAAUGUCUCUGGUAAGUAACUAUUAGUUGGUUAUAAUUGUCUCUUUAAAUGCAUUUAAUCCCUGGUCUAGAAAGACUUCCACCAGAAAGACUCCAUGCUUGUAGAGGGUUAACAGAGACUAUUCUGAGAAUACAGUAACAUAUGAAAAUGGUUAAGGGUUUGGAAUUGUUUAUUUUCCUACAUUGUUAGUCACCAGUGCCAGUGUACUAGUUUCCUUGUGGCUUUUAGUGGAAAAUGUUAAAGGCUGAACUGAAUUUUUAUGUUUGAACUGAAUUAGUCACACAGAACUGGCAAGGAUAUUCUGUAAGGGCUGCCCAAAAGCUGCUUCCCUCCCCCUCCCCCUCCACAGGAAGUUGCAUCCAGAGCAGUAGCUCAGUUCUUUGGUAAGUGUAACAUGUGAGCAUUACUAGGCAUUUCAUCCUGCGGGUCUGCAGUCUGUGCUGUUUAGACUAUUGCUCAGCUGGAAUACUGCUGUGGGUAUUUUGUAUCCUGUUGAUUUGUUCUCUAAUUACCUUUUUAAGGUACUAGUUUUUUUUUGUACCGUUUGCAGUACUAUCUGCUGUAUCAAACAUUUUAAAUAAUUGACAAGAUUUGGAUAAGCAGAGCAUAACCCGAAGAACCACCAGGCUGGCACAGACACAAAUCUUCAAAUAAAGAAGUUGGCUGAAAGAUGAUGCAUGGAACCUGAUUUUCUCUCUCUCUCUCACCUCCCUCCCUUUUUUACAUCCGUCUGAAUGAGGUCUAUAAUGGGAGCGUUAUUCACACAGUGAUCAAAAGAAGCACUCGAGUGAUGAACUACUUCUGGGAGAAAAGUCUAAAGCAAUAAUUCAAGUGCUUCUGCUAUGGUGUUUUGCUGAAGCAUUUGUUGUUACUAGCGUUUAUGGCUUGUGUGUUCCCUGUUGGAGCAGCUAGAGCAACGGCCUGAUGGUGGAAAACAAAUGUUCUGCGUUGCUUUUCUGACUGACGGAGUAAAGCACUCUUUGUUGAUGUCUGUUGGGGAAUCUGGAUCGAACAAGCAAUAUUAUUAUUUGAGUCUCAUUGUCCUUUGUUGUCUGACUCAUCACAUGUAAAUGUACUGCAGCUUAGCUGUACAUUGCAGGGAUUUUUACAUGGAGAAGAAAUGUCAACCCUUGGAGCUCUAGUUCUGAAUAGCUGCUGAGAACAGAUUGCUUUUUCUAUGGUGGAUUUUUGACAUUAAGGCAAAUAAAAUCAUUAGCUGCAAAAUUUUUAUGGCCUGGAAUGCUUGGGACAGUUAUGUGUGCCAUUUUCGGAAGAAAUUGUGCUACUGUUAACUGGAGGCUGACCUUGCUGAAGUGGAGAGAGCUGUGAUCAUCUCUGCCAGAGCAAUUGUCUCUUGUUUCAUUCUGUACAGAAUGGUGUUACAUUGUCUAUAACAAUGAUUUUGCUGCUUAGAUAAUUCUACUUUGUAGAAAUUAAGCAAAGGCAACUGGGUCAAUACGUGCAAUAUCUAUACAUGCACUGUAAUUUCUAUUUUAGUAUUGAUGGAACAGAGAAUAUUUUAGUGAGUUAGUGCCAUGAAGUAAUAGCAGGACUAUUUUAUGCAUUCUCUUGGGAAAACUUAAUUAGUUGAAUACCUCAGGUUACUAAUUUGAUGAAUAAGACAUAAUUUUGUUAUGUCAGUUAAAGAUUUCCGAAAACAGCAGUAGUAUUUGCAAAUUAUGUUUAAGAGGAAAAGAACUUUCUGUGCUGUUCUGGCUGUUACUGGAGCACAGCUAUUACAAAUCUAGCUUUUCUUCAAACGGAUCGAAUGAGUCGAGUGUGUAUUGUUGUUUUGGAGGAGGUGGAAGAUGAUUCUCCCACAUUUAUUUCCAAAUUGCCUCAGGAAAACAUAUCUCUACAGCAUUCACUUUCAGGACAUGGCUUGCCACCACUUGUUCAGGCCAUAUUUAAUGGGGACCCUGAUGAAGUUCGUGCACUAAUUUUUAAGAAAGAAGAUGUCAACUUUCAGGAUAAUGAAAAAAGGACCCCUUUACAUGCUGCUGCAUAUCUUGGAGAUGCAGAAAUUAUUGAGCUACUUAUUUUAUCUGGAGCUAGAGUUAAUGCCAAAGACAGCAAAUGGUUGACUCCAUUACAUCGAGCUGUUGCAUCAUGUAGUGAGGAUGCUGUACAGGUGUUAUUGAAGCAUUCAGCUGAUGUCAAUGCCCGUGACAAAAAUUGGCAAACACCCUUACACAUAGCAGCUGCAAAUAAAGCUGUCAAAUGUGCAGAAGCCUUGGUGCCACUUCUCAGUAAUGUAAAUGUGUCAGACCGUGCUGGUAGAACUGCAUUGCAUCACGCAGCCUUCAGUGGACAUGUUGAGAUGGUGAGUUUAUUAUUGUCUAGAGGUGCCAAUAUUAAUGCCUUUGACAAGAAAGACAGACGAGCUAUCCACUGGGCAUCCUAUAUGGGUCAUAUCGAUGUAGUAAAAUUGCUUGUAGCCCAUGGAGCUGAAGUGAUAUGUAAAGACAAAAAGUCAUAUACACCACUGCAUGCUGCAGCUUCUAGUGGAAUGAUUAGUGUAGUCAAGUAUCUUCUGGAUCUUGGAGUUGAUAUGAAUGAACCAAACGCAUAUGGAAAUACGCCUCUUCAUGUUGCUUGUUUCAAUGGACAAGAUGUUGUAGUAAAUGAACUUAUAGACUGUGGUGCUAAUGUAAAUCAAAUGAAUGAGAAGGGAUUUACACCUUUACACUUUGCUGCUGCAUCUACCCAUGGAGCGUUGUGUUUAGAACUUCUGGUUUGUAAUGGCGCAGAUGUGAAUAUGAAGAGUAAAGAUGGGAAAACACCACUGCAUAUGACAGCAAUUCAUGGAAGAUUUUCAAGAUCGCAAACCAUCAUCCAGAAUGGAGCUGAAAUAGACUGUGAAGAUAAGAAUGGCAAUACACCUUUGCACAUAGCAGCCAGAUACGGCCAUGAGUUGCUUAUCAACACAUUAAUUACAAGUGGUGCUGAUACUGCAAAGCGGGGUAUACAUGGAAUGUUUCCUCUCCAUUUGGCAGCAUUAAGUGGAUUUUCAGACUGUUGCAGAAAGCUGCUUUCAUCAGGCUUUGACAUAGAUACUCCCGAUGAUUUUGGCAGGACCUGUCUUCAUGCAGCUGCUGCUGGAGGGAAUUUGGAGUGCCUAAAUCUGCUGCUCAACACAGGUGCAGAUUUCAAUAAGAAAGACAAAUUCGGAAGAACUCCCCUCCAUUAUGCUGCAGCAAAUUGCAAUUACCAGUGCCUAUUUGCCCUUGUGGGCUCUGGAGCUAGUGUGAAUGACCUUGAUGAAAGGGGUUGUACACCACUGCACUAUGCAGCUGCAUCUGACACUGAUGGAAAGUGCCUGGAAUAUUUAUUACGCAAUGAUGCCAAUCCAGGGAUUCGAGACAAACAAGGAUACAAUGCGGUUCAUUAUUCUGCAGCUUAUGGUCAUCGCCUAUGCCUUGAAUUGAUUGCCAGUGAAACGCCUCUAGAUGUUCUAAUGGAAACAUCAGGAACUGACAUGCUGAAUGAUUCAGACAACAGAGCACCAAUUAGUCCGUUACACUUAGCUGCCUACCAUGGACACCAUCAAGCUCUGGAAGUGUUAGUACAGUCUUUGUUGGAUCUUGAUGUCCGGAAUAAUAACGGAAGAACACCUUUGGAUCUUGCAGCUUUUAAGGGACAUGUUGAAUGUGUGGAUGUGCUCAUUAAUCAGGGAGCGUCUAUCUUGGUGAAAGACUAUGUUGUAAAGAGAACACCGAUACAUGCCGCAGCCACAAAUGGUCAUUCAGAAUGCUUGCGGUUGUUGAUAGGAAAUGCAGAACCACAGAAUGCUGUAGAUAUUCAAGAUGGAAAUGGACAGACUCCUCUGAUGCUGUCUGUUCUCAAUGGGCACACAGAUUGUGUCUAUUCAUUGCUUAACAAAGGAGCAAAUGUAGAUGCCAAAGAUAAGUGGGGAAGAACAGCAUUGCAUAGAGGGGCAGUUACUGGACAUGAGGAGUGUGUAGAAGCACUGCUUCAGCAUGGUGCAAAAUCUACAUUACGAGACUGCAGAGGACGAACACCUAUACAUUUGUCAGCUGCAUGUGGACAUAUUGGUGUACUAGGAGCCCUCUUACAGUCAGUGGCAUCUGGGGAUGCAGUACCUGCCUUAGCAGACAAUCAUGGAUAUACAUCAUUACACUGGGCAUGUUACAACGGUCAUGACAGUUGUGUAGAACUUCUUUUGGAGCAGGAAGCUUCCCAGAAAAUGGAAGGAAAUUCUUUCAGUCCUUUACAUUGUGCUGUGAUAAAUGAUAAUGAAGGUGCUGCUGAAAUGCUUAUUGAUACACUGGGUUCUAAUAUUGUAAAUUCCACAGAUGCAAAAGCAAGAACACCCCUUCAUGCAGCAGCCUUUACAGACCAUGUAGAGUGUUUACAGCUUUUGCUCAGCCACAAUGCACAAGUCAAUGCUGUAGAUUCUUCUGGGAAGACUCCUUUAAUGAUGGCUGCAGAAAAUGGGCAAACAAAUACAGUUGAGGUGUUGGUUAGCAGUGCUAAAGCUGAUCUGACCUUGCAAGAUAAGUGUAAAAACACAGCACUGCAUUUGGCUUGCAGCAAGGGUCAUGAAACUAGUGCCUUGUUAAUACUGGAAAAGAUUACAGACAGAAAUCUCAUCAAUGCCACCAAUGCAGCAUUGCAGACACCUUUGCAUGUUGCUGCUCGAAAUGGAUUAACAGUUGUAGUUCAAGAACUUCUAGGGAAAGGAGCAAGUGUACUUGCAGUAGAUGAAAAUGGUUAUACACCAGCAUUGGCUUGUGCUCCCAAUAAGGAUGUGGCUGAUUGCCUAGCUCUCAUUCUGGCCACAAUGAUGCCUGUUUCAUCAAGCAGCACAUUACCUUCCCUUACAUUCAAUGCCAUUAAUCAUUACACCAACACCUCAAAAACUGUCACCUUUGACUCUUUGCCAAUUAUCCGAAGUGAACAUAGCUCUUACUGUAGUUUCAACAACAUCGGGAGGGAAGAUGGCUACCCAUAUACGGAAGAAGAUGAACUUAAUGACUCAGAUUCUGAAACCUAUUAAGGAACUCCAUUAGAGGGCUAAAGAGUGAACUCACUUGCUGAAUUUUGAGACUGUUGCCUGAGAAAGCAGUCUCACUGAAUAUUAAAAAGGACAACUUGAAGAGAAUUUUUUUUUUAAAUGUGGGUGACAUGAAAAAAUGUGCAACACCCAAGAGACUUUUAAAAAGCAGGUUAUGCAAAGGAAAUACUUUGGAAUCCAUGGUGCAAAAAAUUAUAUAGAAUGUUAUUUAAUUGCAGUGUACUGGGUUGUCCAUGGUACCAUGAAUAAUCCCAGCAAAACUGUGCACCAAUGUUCAUAUAAAUGAAUGCAAAGUCAUACAACUAAGAGAGAUAGAUUUAAAACAAUACCAAUAAAACUAAGACCAUUUUAAAGGCAAUAAUUGAGUUUGGUACAGAAGGUGUAGUUUGUGCAGCAAAUUGCCAAAGGACCAAAUAACUUAAGACUUUUUUAAUUAAAGAAAACUUUUUUUGAGAAAACUUGAAUAGGUUAAAAAUAAGUCUUAACCAACCCUUAAAUUACUUCUGGCAAUUAAUCUUAGAUUUGGUUUUAAAAGUUGAUUUGUUUUUAAUCACAUAGGAGCCUUCCGACACAAUUAAAUGACAUGUACCAUAAAAAUGUAAUUUUUAUUCUCUUUUUUUCUUAAAUGAAAAAGAACUUGUCACAAUCUUAUAAUACUAAAGCUGUAACUUGCUUAACAAGGAGUAGUCAGGGUGAAACGUGUACAGUAUAAAAGGGGAAAGAGCAGUGCAGUAAAUCUAUAUUGCACAGCUAUCUUUCAUUUACAAAGAAAAUCCUGCUGCUUAAAAAUAUUUUUUUAUUCAGGAUGCAGGAAGGGUAAUUAUCUUGGCAAGUGAGAUUACAUCAAAAAACAGAUUUGCAAUAUCCUGAUGCCCUGUUAGGCUGCCUUAGGAAAAGAAUUUUCUACAAUUCACCCAGUUCUACAGCAUAUAGUAAAAUGAGAUUUGUGCCUCUAUGGGGUGUGUGUGUGUGCGCGUGUGUGUGUGUAUAUAUUUUUAACUCCUAGGCUUUUAAGGCACAGGAUAUGGCUGGUGUUGAUUUAAAAUGUUUUCUCCUUAUCUAAAAGGUACAGUGUCGGAUCUUUGGGAACAUAUAAAAAGUGUUUCAUUUUACAGUUUAUGAAAAGAGACAGGUCCUUUGCUAUAGUUAAAACUUGUCCUGAGUUUUUCUAAUUUAUGAUAGGUUAUUUUGAAAAAAACAAACCCUGGAAUGGAAGGCAUUUUCUCAAACUUAAGCAGAAGUUUGUUAAAAUGGAGGUGUUUUACUUUAUUUGGUUCUGCUUUAAUUAAAGUAACAGUUUAAUUAUAACUUGCUUAUGUACGUGCAAGGACUCCUUGCAUGUUGAGGUAAAACAAAUGAAUUGCUAUAAACUGACCCUAACCUUUUAUCCUUUUUGUAUUGUGAAACUGGAAACCUUAAUGCCAUUGUAAAUUAUCAGCUUGUUUUCUGAACAUAGUGUGGAAACACAGGACAGUAUUUUGAUCUAUUUGAUAAUUUUGUGGGUUUUUGAAGAAUUAAUGAGCAUGUACAUAGAAAUAGCAACUGCUUGAAUACUGUAUUUACCUGCACUCUUUCAGUACAUCAAGAUUUCUGUGUAUAUUUUACAGAGUAUAAUAAAACCCAGAUGUGAGUUGUAUUUAAUGAA